UACACUGAACAAUCUUCUUCUCUUCCAAUUUUCUUCCACCGCUCCCAUUUUCGGCGUGACCUAACCACCACCGUCUUCAAUCUCCGAAGCCCCGCCGUGUCCACCGCACCUUUUCUAUUCCAUUCUCUAUCUUCAAGACGUCCGUGCCAAUUUCAGCAAAGGACAGACCUCCGCCUGCAGGGCAAACACCUGACCACCUAUCCAUCUCGAGAGAAGAGGCGUGAAGCGGCCGACGUUAGACACCUGAACCCCUGAGCUCCCUUAAUGAAAACAAAUCGUUGAGAUUUUUUUGUUGGUACGUUCCCUAAACCUCACUUCUCUUUCGGACAACCACAACCAUGUUCACAGCUUCAUUCUCCCUUAAACCCUUUUCUUCUUCCUUCUCGUCCUCCUGCUCCUCAUUCACCACCACCCUUUUCCCCAAACUCCUCUUCCCACCUUUCUCACAUCUCCACCCACCGCCAGGUGUCUCUCCACCUCUCUGCACCCUCCACUCCAACACCCUCUCCCUCCCCUCAAACAAAAAAAAGAAAAAGAAAAAACCAUACGACGGCGCUUUGCCCUCCCUCCUCCGAUCCCUCAAAGCAGCCGCGGAUGUGGCCCUCGUACUUGGCUCUCUCCCGGACGCUCCCUCCCUCUCUCCCAAAGAAAUUACCGUCAUCCUCAACGAACUGUCUUCCUCGUGGCAGCGCGCGACCAGGGCCUUCGACUGGUUCAGGUCCCAAACGUGGUACACCCACAACGCCAUUCACUACAACGUUGUUCUAAGAGCCCUGGGAAGGGCUCAGCAGUGGGACCAGCUCCGCAUCUGCUGGCAAGACAUGGCUAAAAAUGGCGUCUUGCCCACCAAUAACACCUACAGCAUGCUCGUUGAUGUGUAUGGGAAAGCAGGUCUUGUCCAAGAAGCGCUUUUGUGGGUUAGGCACAUGAGGGUGAGAGGUUUUUUCCCUGAUGAGGUUACUAUGUGCACUGCUGUUAAGGUGUUGAAGGACGUGGGAGAGUUUGAUAAGGCUCAUAGGUUUUACAAGGGGUGGUGUGAUGGGAGUGUUGAGUUGGAUGAUCUUGAUUUGGAUUUAGAGAGUUCUUUUCGUAGUAAUGCUAGUGGUAGAAGUACUAAUACGUCUGCAUCAAUGGCAAUUAGCUUCAAGCAGUUUCUCUCUACUGAGUUGUUUAAGAUUGGUGGAAGAGUGUCUACUUCUGUGGCACAUUCAAAUUUGUGUAAUGUGCCACAAAAGCCUCGUCUCUCUACCACCUAUAAUGUGUUGAUAGAUUUGUAUGGGAAGGCAGGGCGGUUAAGCGAUGCAGCCGAGGUUUUUGAAGAAAUGCUGAAGGAGGGUGUAGCCAUGGAUGUGUGGACUUUUAAUACCAUGAUUUUUAUUUGUGGGAGUCGUGGUGAUUUGGUGGAGGCGGAGGCUUUGCUUGGGAUAAUGGAGGAAAAAGGGGUGGCGCCCGAUACCAAGACUUAUAAUACUUUUCUGUCUUUGUAUGCUGAGGCUGGGGAUGUCGAUGCUGCGGUUUCUUGUUAUAGGAGAGUGCGGGAGGCUGGUUUGUGUCCUGAUGUUGUGACUUACCGAGCUCUUCUUGGUAUGCUAUGCAAAAAGAAUAUGGUUCAGGAUGUGGAAGAUUUGAUUGAUGAAAUGGAGAGGGAUUCUGUGGGUGUUGACGAGCAUGCACUUCCGGGAAUUGUGGAGAUGUAUGUUAGUGAGGGGGAUAUUGAUAAAGUGUAUCAGCUGCUGAAGAAGUUUCAUAUAAAUAGGGAGAUGUCCUUGAAAAUUCGGGCGGCGGUUAUGGAUGUUUUUGCUGAGAAAGGACUCUGUGAGGAAGCAGAGAAUUUGUUUUAUGGAGGAAGGGACUUGACAGUACAUAAAAAGGAUGUUUUAGAGUGCAAUGUCAUGAUCAAAGCGUAUGGAAAAACUAGACUUUAUGACAAGGCUGUGUCUCUCUUUAAGGGAAUGAAAAAUCACGGGACUUGGCCUAAUGAAAGCACAUACAAUUCCCUUAUUCAAAUGUUGUCUGGUGGUGAUUUAGUGGACCAAGCAAUAGAACUUAUGGAUGAAAUGCAAGAAUUAGGGUUUAAGCCACCUUGUCAAACUUUUUCUGCUAUUAUUGGUUGUUAUGCUCGCCUUGGUCGGCUUUCUGAUGCCAAGCGUGUGUACGGAGAAAUGGUAAGAGUUGGAGUAAGACCAAAUGAGGUUGUGUAUGGCUCUUUAAUAAAUGGAUAUGCAGAACAUGGUAGUCUUGAAGAGACACUUAAAUACUUCUACAUGAUGGAAGAAUCUGGGUUUUCAGCUAAUUUAAUUGUGUUAACAUCCUUACUGAAGGCUUAUUGUAAGGUUGGAAAUUUGGAAGGAGCAAAAGCCAUCUAUGAGCGGAUGAAGAACAUGGAAGGGGGUCUGGAUUUAGUUGCAUGUAAUAGUAUGAUCGGCCUCUUUGCGGAUCUUGGCUUGGUUUCUGAAGCCAAGUUGGCUUUUGAAAAUUUGAGAGAAAUGGGUCGGGCGGAUGCAGUUUCCUAUGCAACAAUCAUGUAUCUUUAUAAGGCCGUGGGAAUGAUGGACAAAGCCAUCGAGAUUGCAGAGGAGAUGAAACUUUCGGGUUUACUGAAAGAUUGUGUUUCAUAUAAUAAGGUACUGGUGUGUUAUGCCGCCAAUGGGCAAUUCAAUGAAUGUGGUAAAUUAGUACAUGAGAUGAUAUCUCAGAAGCUUUUGCCAAAUGAUGGAACUUUUAAAGUUUUGUUCACUAUAUUAAAGAAGGGAGGUAUUCCCAAUGAAGCAGUGGCACAAUUAGAGUCAUCUUACCAGGAGAGGAAACCAUAUGCUCGGCAAGCAACCUUCACUGCCUUGUACUCUUUAGUUGGUAUGCAUACUUUGGCACUUGAAUCUGCUCGACCAUUCAUUGAAUCUGAGGUUGAACUUGACUCAUCUGCCUAUAAUGUGGCAAUCUAUGCAUAUGGUUCAGCUGGAGAUAUCAACAAGGCCUUGAAUAUAUAUAUGAAAAUGCGGGAUAAGCAUGUGGGACCUGACCUUGCAACGUAUAUAUAUCUGGUUGGUUGUUAUGGAAAAGCUGGCAUGGUUGAAGGUGUGAAACGGGUAUAUAGCCAAUUAGAAUAUGGAGAGAUUGAGUCAAGUGAGUCUUUGUACAAGGCUAUUAUAGAAGCCUAUAAAAUUUGCAAUAGAAAGGAUCUUGCCGAGUUAGUUAGCCGAGAAAUGAGAUUUGCAUUGAACUCACAAGAACAUUCUGAAGUUGGAAGCGAAGGUCAAUAUGAUGUUGGAAGCGAAGAUGAAUAUGAAGUUGGAAGUGAAACUGAUUAUGACGAAUUCUGAUACAGCUUCUUCAGGAUCCUAAUACUGACAAGAAACUGUAUGAAGACGGAUACAAAUGCCAUUCAAUUCAGCUUCUUCAGACACACUCCUUUGCAACUUUACUUGUUGUGGCUGUUUCGUCUCUUCUAUUUCUCUUCCUGCCUCUCCGCCUCAUACCAGGAUUCACUCUUACACAUGCAGGACUUCCCAAAGUACCAGUACCUAUAUGCAACCAGUUAGUAAUACGGUCUUUUUUUGGUCAAUGGCUCCCUAACUAACGGGCUACAAG